UAGCUUUGAGCUCAAAAUGGAUUUUAGUAACAGACAUCCAUGUGUUUGCAUCGUCCUGCUUGUAAUCCCCCACCUUGUGUCCAUGUCUUUGUAGCAGAGCUGGAUAAGUCUCGCAGGAAAGUUCUGCUUUAGUCCAUCAAAGUGUUUUGGAAAGCGGAUCCUUCCAUAUUUCCCCCAAACCAGCAGCUCUUAAUAUAUUUUAUGGCAUGGAUCUCCUCCCUUACUCUUUUCUCCACAGCUGCGGAUGGAGAGGAGAAAUCAAACAGAAAAGUGAAGGAAGAGGACGGUUUGAUUCAAGAAAUCAGAAGAUGAAGCUGCUCUUUAAUCAGUGAGGGGCCAUGGAGGUGGGUCGAGGUGCCUACUGUAAUCCGAUCCACGCUCAUGCGCACGGCGUGCACGCACACCGAGGCAGGGGGAUUGAGUGAGCUGUCCUGCUCGCUGACACAAACCCGGCGGAGAUCGGAGGGGAAGGAAGGAUUGAGCGCACUGCCGGAGCCUGCAGGGAGGUGGAGCGGACAAAACGCACGGCUUUCUGAACGGAGACCGGAGCAGAAGCCACGUUUUUAGCAUCUCUAACGCACGCAAACCGGAUCUGCCUCUCAACCAGACAUGCCUCUUGACCCGGAGAGCUAACAGCUGCUGAGGCAGAAAGAGGAAACAAACAUUUUCAGCUCUUUAAAUAAAAAAAAAUGCGCUCCUCACGAAGAGACUUCUGAAAGGAGAUUUGGAUCGAUUCAAGAAGGAAAGAUACUUUUUCUGUUUCUAAACUUCUUUGCGCAUCUGUGACGAUUCUACCAAGUGUUAUUUCUCACUAAUUAGUCAUUUCCAUUAAAUGUGUACCGCGCGCGACAGUUGCGCGCGAACUCCGCGCUCCGCAAUGGAUUUGGUGCGAUUAGAACUGAGUUAGCAGUUGAAAUUACGCUGAUUCCAGAACAUUUUUGUUUUUUUACACAUAAAGAAGCAACUCACAUCAACUGUAAACCUGGGUCAUAUUCUGGGAGAGCCGCAACCCGGCGUUUGGAUUGCGCUCUCUGGUAGCGUUGCGCUUAAAGGGAGAAGGGGACAGGAGAGUGGAACUGCAGCUUCAGAUAAAACCAAAUAAAACCCACCAGUAGGAGAGGACGUGGUUUUUUGUACCCGCACCUGGAGGAAAAGAUGGAUUUACUCGUUUGGUUCUGUGGAUUUAUUCUCUCGUGUCUUUUGCCUUGUUUAGUAAAAGCAGAGGAAGUGGCUUCCGAACAAUGUGGAGGCCUUCUGGACGCGAGUGACGCCGGCUACAUCACCACACCCGGCUACCCGCUGGAGUAUCCGCCCCACCAGAGCUGCCGCUGGGUCAUCACAGCCCCGGAGCCGUCGCAACGCAUCAUCCUAAACUUCAACCCACAUUUUGAAAUAGAGAAAUUGGACUGCAGAUACGACUAUGUAGAAAUCCAUGAUGGGAACUCUGAGUCAGCUGACCUGCUGGGGAAGCACUGCAGCAACAUCGCUCCCGCACCAAUCAUCUCAUCAGGCCCAUCGCUCCACAUCAAGUUUGUGUCAGAUUACGCCCACCAGGGGGCGGGCUUCUCGCUGCGCUACGAAAUCUUCAAAACCGGCUCCGACUGUUCACGGAACUUCACCAGCCACUCGGGGCUCAUCGAGUCUCCAGGCUUCCCGGACAAAUACCCCCACAACCUGGAGUGCUCCUUCAUCAUCAUUGUCCCACCCAGCAUGGAUGUGACCCUCACCUUCCUCACCUUCGACCUGGAGAAUGACCCCCUGCCAGGCAGCGACGGGGACUGCAAAUACGACUGGCUGGAAGUCUGGGAUGGGCUUCCAGGAGUGGGCCCUCUGAUUGGACGAUACUGUGGGACCAGGGUACCUCCUGAGAUCCAUUCAUCCACGGGAAUUCUCUCCCUGGCCUUCCACACCGACAUGGCUGUGGCUAAAGACGGCUUCUCUGCUCGAUACAACAUGACGCACAAGGACGUCAGUGAAACGUUCCACUGCAGUAACGCAUUCGGGAUGGAGUCAGGAAAAAUCACAGAUGAGCAGAUCACAGCCUCGUCCAGCUUCCCCGACAUGCACUGGCUGCCUCGUCAGGCUCGGCUCAAUUACAAAGAAAACGCAUGGACGCCCAGGGAAGACAGCAGCAGAGAGUACAUCCAGGUGGACCUUCACACUCUGAAGGUCCUUACAGGCAUUGCUACUCAGGGCGCCAUCUCGAAGGAAACUCAGAAGGUUUAUUAUGUCACCACCUUCAAGCUGGAGGUCAGCACAAAUGGAGAAGACUGGAUGAUCUACAGGCAUGGCAAGAAUCACAAGGUCUUCCAUGCCAAUGCUGACGCCACAGAGGUCGUUCUCAAUCGGAUCCCACAGCCGGUCCUGGCUCGCUUCGUACGAAUCCGACCUCAGACGUGGAAGACCGGCAUCGCGUUGAGGUUCGAGCUUUAUGGCUGUCAGAUCACAGAUGCACCUUGCUCUGAGCUCCAGGGCAUGCUGUCUGGGCUGCUUCCUGACUCCCAGAUCUCUGCAUCUUCUAUGAGGGACAUCCACGGCUCGAUGGGGGCAGCCAGGCUGAUGGCCAGCAAGUCAGGCUGGUAUCCCAGUCCGACCCAGCCUAUAGCUGGAGAGGAGUGGCUGCAGGUGGACCUCGGUGUUCCCAAGAUGGUGCGUGGCUUAAUUACCCAGGGUGCAAGAGGGCUGGAGGGCAGCUCGAGUGCAGAGAACAGAGCCUUUGUGAGGAAGUACAAACUCGCACACAGUUUGAACGGCAAAGACUGGAAUUAUAUUAUGGAGAGCAAGACUGGCUUUGCUAAGAUUUUUGAAGGGAACAGCCACUAUGACACUCCCGAGGUGCGCAGGUUUGAUGAAAUUGUGACGCAGCACAUCAGAGUCUUUCCCGAGCGAUGGUCUCCUGCAGGGAUUGGCAUGAGGUUGGAGAUUCUUGGAUGUGAUCUGCCAGAAAUCACCACCCUCCCAGACACUGUGACCCCCACUGUUCCCAAGGUGGAGCAGACAACUUCUGCAAUGAGACCAGCCACCUCGCCGUCGCUGUCGGCUGUGUGUGACUUUGAGAAGAGCCUGUGCGGCUGGUCGGCAGAUCCCCACUCGGGCGUGAGCUGGACUUUGCACACAGCCAGCAGCGGUUCAAGCGGACACGGCACACACGGGACGUGGCAGGACCUGUCGCUGGGAUCAGACAAUUUUUCUGGGAACUAUCUACACCUGGAUGCAGGUUCUCACACUCAACGGAAGAAAGCCCGGCUGCUGAGUCCCGAGGUAGGGCCAGAACGAGGCCCGCUCUGCCUCCUGUUCUACUACCAGCUCCAGGGGGAGGCGCAGGGAAGCCUGAGGGUCCUGCUGAGGGACAACAACCAGGAGGACACCCCGUUAUGGGCACUGAAAGGUGACCAGGGUCCUCACUGGAGAGAGGGUCGAACCAUCCUGCCACAAAGCCCCAAAGAGUAUCAGGUGGUGUUUGAGGGAUUUUUUGAUCACCCAACCAGAGGACACAUCAGAAUAGACAACAUCCACAUGAGCAACAGCAUAGAGCUGGAGCAGUGUGCACAGCCUCUACCGGCCUUAACCUCAGGCAUCCCCAGGGGAGCCAUAUCUGGGAUGAAGCCCACUGUAGAUGCAGUGGUGGCGCAGCCGCUCCCUGCCUUCUGGUACUAUGUGUUGGCGGGAGGCGGAGCCCUCCUGCUGUUGGUCACUUUUACCGUCACCAUUACUCUGUGCUGUCAUCGCUACCACUGGGCAUCUAAGAAGACCAGCGGCAGCCAUCAUCAUCAUCAUCACUCGGUGAUGUACCACAGCUGCCAGCAGCCAUAUCAGCAAGCUCCAGAAAACUGCUUCCAGAACCCAAACCUCAGCUCUAAUCUGAUCCACAACCCCAACCACCUUUACCCAGGACCCGGUCCCGGCGUUGAACCUACGCUAGUUAUAACUCUGGAGAAAGAUGACAGCUACGGCUCCAAGUGCUGAAAUAAAAUAAAAAAAAUCAGUUGGACAUUUUUGGUCAAAUCAAGAUCUCAAGGAUGGGGACGACUCCCCAAAAAGAAUGAGUGAUGUUCAGCAUCACUUCCUCUGUCCUGUGAGGGAGAUCUUCACAUUGGUGUCAGUUUUACAGCGGGGAUGUUUGACAAGAGCCUGAAAAUUGCAAGCUAUUUCUUUAUUGAUGUCAUCAGCAGGAUCCAGAUCUGCACAUGAACCUGUAAAUGAGUUGGACUGUAAAUAAAGUCUAUUACAAGUCAGCUCUGACACGCUGCAUGGUUAGGCAGUGAAAUGUGUCUCCUCCCUAUUAACAUCAGAUCAGAAUACAUCUGUUUUUCCUGAUCUCAUUGGACAUGGUCUGCCUAAAAAUGUCCCAGGUGACAAAAGAGGGGUAUAGAGCUGAGAAAUGGUUGGUGUUUUUUAUGUGAAUGAGGCUGAGCUGCCUUUGUCUCCAUACUUUUAAGAAACCGAGAAUGAAACACAAAAAAGGAAAAUGUUUUGGAAACACUGUGCACCGCAGCUGCAUCACAACAAUGCACACCAGUAUAUGCACGGACACUCCCUAAAAUUCUCUCCACGUGUUUGCGUGGAUGUUUAUUUCUUUUCAUUUUUCUUUUCCAAACCAAAACUCUGGAUAUGCCUUUCUUUUUUUAAUAAGUGCUUUAAAAUGAUUACAACGUGUUUUCGAGGUAGUGCCUCAACGCCGCGUAAGAAUGUGGACAAAUGUCGUUUUAUUUUGCCGUUUGUUGCCUGGAUUUUCUGCCUGUUCAAAGUAAAACCUCUCAUUCUUCUAUAUCCUGCUUACAUUUAGCUGAGUGAAUGAAAAUGUUUGAUCUAUUGAAUAUCCAAAUGCAGAGGAAUACUUUCCUUCCAGUUCGUGCAACGUAAUCUGGUGCGGAAGCGGGGUGAUCACACCAUUUUGUUUUCAUAUGAGAAAUUAGACCAAAAUACUGUGACAGGAUUAGAUUGACGAGCCGUAAACUCUUUCUUUCUGAUGGCUGUGGCCAUCGCUACUUUUGGGGGCAACCAAAAAUGGGCGGGGCUUCUUGUUUAAGAUGAAGAAGACAGAAAACUAAAAAUGUCAAUAGCAGUAUGGGUUUCAUGUUUUCUUCUGUAAAAAUAGAAUCAAACAUUUAUGAGAGAAGACUGUUGUGAAUGGUUUUCAUGUUUGCUGAUGUUUGCUUUUAUAUGGAUGAGAACAAACUUUAAUCAAUAAGUGUUUGAUUAUAUGUCUAAUUUAUGAACAUUUCUGAAAAAUCUUCUGGAAAAACAUUUCAUAGAUUCUGAAAAGUGGUAUUUUCUGGCCUGUGUCAUUGUUUUGAAAUAGAUUAAUGUAUAUGUAAAUUGUAUUUUUGCUAAAGUUAAAAUGUCAUCAACGUUUUUCUUUAAUCUUACAUCUGUCCUUGAUUAAUCAUCAAUUUUGGUGGGAAGUUUUGCCUGCAACUGUAUUUCUGAUAAGCACUUGAGUUUACCAAAUGUCCCAAAAAUGUUCCUUUCAAGAUUCAACGGGUCUUAAUUUUUUGACAGACAUUGCAAAAUGAGUGUUCUCUCAAACCCAUCACAGAGGCAUCAAAUUUUAGGUUAAUGGUCAGACAGUGCGAAAACCUUGCCAGCUUUGAAAGGGAAUGGCAACAAGACUGUGUAAAAUCAGGCCUAGUCCACACGUAGCCGGGUUUUUUUAAAAACGAAUAUCCGCCCCUCCAAAAACUUGCAUCCACACCACCUCGUUUUAAAAACAAACUCUGUCCACACGUACCCGGAUAAAUACGUUGUUAAGGACAUGCCAGACCUGUAGGCGGCAGUACUUCCCCCGUUCUUAACCUCGUCCUUCGUCUGUGGUCUUCCGCAAGGAGCAGUAAUUCCGCUUGCAAAAACAAACAAGCAAAAAGCGCUUGGACAACUGAUAAAGCGAGCGCAGCUCUGAGGGCAUCCAUGCUGUCGGCUAGUGUAAACACAGGUCGCACACGUGAUGUCAGCAUUUUUUUGUCGCGGAAAGUGACGUUGCGGACCUUAAAACUCCGGUUUUGUCUGUCCACACGCAGACACCCAAAACGGAGAAAACGCAGAUCUUCACUUUGGCCGGAGUUUUUAAAAAGAUCCGUUUUCGUGUGAAAAAACUCAGUUUUCGUGUGGAUGACAGGCCAAAACGUAGAAAAAUAUCUACGUUUUAGCAGAUCCCCGCUACGUGUGGACAGGGCCUCAGACAAGAAGACAUUUUGACAUGAAUUUGCAUCAAAAUGGUUUGUGACCCAGUGAAAUGUGAUUUUCCACAAUUCAUGCUAACUUGUUAUUAACAACAUCAGGCCCAGGAAAAAUGGGCCUAUAUUAAUCUUGGUUUAAUAUGUUAUGCUUUUUUUAAAUUACUACUGCUGAGAAACUAUCGUUUUCUUGAUUUACUUACAGUAUGAUGUCAAUAGAAGCUGAAAGUAUUUUGAAUUUUUAAUAUAUGCAUUCAAUCUGAUUGAGAGAGAAUUUAAAUAAUGAGAAGAAAUAUCUAAACUUGCGGUUGUGUCGGUUUUUCUUACUUUCUGCACUUUUUUGCUUCUCACCAUCUCAUCUUGUAUGCCGCACACCUUCAUCGUUUUGUUCAUGUUGAAGUCCCUCAUCCUUUUUUGUAUCAAACUCGCCCUGUUCCUAUUCUGCUCCCUUCCUUCACUACAAAUCCUCUCAGUUAAAAAAAACAGGAGAGUAAAUGAGAGGCAGUGAUGGAGGGGAGUAAAAUCUCUCAAAGGAGAAGGGCCCAUUAAGUAAAGCCCCUUUUUUCUCCUAAGAAUCCUCCCAGAGAUGGAAGGAGAUGAAAGAAGUCAAGAAAAAACGGCUCCCCGUACUUUCUAACGACAGAUUUUUCUUUCACUCUGAGAGGGAGGCUAACAGGGAGGCAGGUUGGGAAUUGGACUGAAGAAGAGGAAGAGAAUUGAAGGUGGAGGGCAGGAUAUUUCAAACACAAAAGCAGAUGAAAGAACUUUUGGAAAAGAGACGCACAUUAAACCCGAGGCACACAAACAAGGACUGGUGAGGGGGCAGAAUUCAGAUGGCCACCAGUCUCCCAGUGAAAUCAUUGUUGCAAGCACUUUUUUACACCAAAGCUAUUCCCUUUAUUGACUUAUUUCAUCAUGCUGCAUCUCAUAAAACACAGUUUUGUGCUUUAGUCAACAAGUAUAUUAGUUAUUUUGUGCUUGCAUAUCCAUUUUCUGCCUCCCUUUCCCUUCUUUCUUCAAUUUCAAUCAACGUGUGUGUGAUUUACACAUUAUAUGACUCAUUCCAGCAGCCCUGUGCCAUAACCUAAUCAAUGCAGGCCAAAAUUCAAACAGAGGGAUGAUGUAUGGCUGUGUUUAUGUUGUGCUAGCCAUGCACUUUUCGGUUUCCAUUCUGCCCCACUCCAUCAAACUUUUUGCAAGAUUUGGAAAACGUUUUGCGAGGAGCUUUUAAAUCAGCCAUCUCUCACUUGCCUCUCCGUCCUCCAUCACAGACUACUUUGAAGCCUUUAAUAUUUCUAAUUAGUUAAUGGAGCUGAUUGCAUUUAUGAAACCCUGCAGUAAGCAUUUCUAGCCCACAAGCUGUCUUUCUCUAACCUUUUUUUCCCUUUCUUGCUCCAUCUCUGUUUCCUGGAGAAAUGUUAGUGUGAGCACUCUAACAGGUCCUCAGGCCCUCACUCGUACAAUGAACGGUGGCCAUCCAAUCUCUGCAGAAAAAAACCCACUUUUUUCUUUACUAAUUGAACUGAAGAAAAAAAAUGAGGCUAUGGGGAAUUUUAAUCUCCUUCCAGAUCCAUGUGAUAAUUCUUCUCAGGGUUCUAGCCUGAGGGUUUCAAGCCAGUAUCAUUAGAAAGUGUUCGAUGGUCAUCUAGGCAGCCUGGGAUCCUUUUUUCUGUCCUCUCUUUUCUCUCUACCGCAAGUGAUUUAAUGUUUUGUUAAAGCCUGCAGGGAUUUGACUUGACAGUGAACAAGUUUAGAGCCUUAGAAGUUAGCUGUGAGAUGGAGGAGCCUCAAUCUCAGAUUAAAAGGUCAUUUCAGUUAAGUCUCUACAAGAAAAUAUAACUAAAGCAGAAGUUGGAAUAUUCCCUGAGCACUAUGUGUAUUUAAGUAGUUCACACAUUUUUCCCUCUUGGCAUACUUAUACCAAAACCAGAUGAUGUCACUAAUUUAAUGCCAGUUUCUUGUUUAUCCAUAGCUUUGAAAGAAGUCAUUGAUCAUGCUAACACAUAAUCUGAGCGAGAUUAAGCUAAACGUGCAGUUUAGGCUCGUUUUGAUUCCAUCUAAAAUAAAGCAGGAUCCAUCCAUCUCAGUCAGCAGUGUCAGACUUCUCUUUUUCUGACAGGUCUUGGGGCAGUACAAUAAUUUUUCAUUUUCGUGCAUGCACGGCAAUCUCAUGCUUUGCAGAAGAUCUGGAGGGUGCAUGCAAAAAUACGAGUCCUUAGUGGAUAAUCAUUGGUGCAUCAAGCUGUAUGCACAUCUGUCCGUCAGAUUUUGCAACUUCAUUCUGCUCUUUUUUGGCAUGACGCUUUCCACUCACUUCCUGGUUUUGCUGUUAUUUUAAAGAGAAAGUCACCCCCUACCUGAGUCUUACUCCACUUCCACUUCCUGUUUGAAAAAUGCAACAAAUGCUUGUGCCUGGCAAAACGAGAAGGCGUAGCCGCUAACAAACACACAAAAAUAUUGUGACAUCAUAAUGUACCAGCUAACAUCAUAGUGUACCUCUUAGUCAAUAACGAUGGCAGAUUUAAAUUCAAAUGCAGUGUAGAGUUUUUACCUGAAGAGGGUGCAACUCUGACAGCUUUAGGCCAAAUUUUUAAAUUUUCACUAAGAUGCGCUAAAUUGCCAAAUGAUUGACUACACUUGUCUACAGCAUGACUAGACACUCAUUUAUAUCGUUUUCCAGCCAAAAACAAGUUGAUUUGGGGGUGACUUGCUCUUUAAGAACAUUUAACAUGUAAACCAGCCUCAUCAGCUAUUUGCAACAGGCUAUAACUUAAAUACUGAGUUAUUGUUUUGUCACACUGUUUUCUCUCUGGCAUCCUCUCUGAUUAAGUGCAAACAGUGUGAACAACAACUCGGGGAAAACAAAUCAAAACCAAUUUCUUUAUAGUUUGUCUUUUUGCUUUUCUUUUUAAAUGUUGCACUGUGAGAACUUUAAAUAUUGAUGUACGAUGGAAAACCAAUGAAGAUGCUGAUGCAAGCAAUUAGUUAAGCGCAUAUCAAUCAACUGACUCUGCACAUCCGAAUUAGUAUUGAAUUUCUUUAUUGUGUUUGUAUCUUCUCUUCUCUUUAGCUUUGUGCAUUCAUUUAGGCUUUUUCAACCAAAAUAAUGACCUCAUAUUUCAUUUAUAAGCAAAUAUUAUUGCAGGUGUCCUUUAAAAGUUUUAAUCUCCGUUAUUUACAGUUUGAGGGGAUUUGAAGCUUGCAGAAGGCAGUUUGUUGAAGGUAUAAUAUGAGGAAGCUAAAAUUGUCUCAUGGAUGAAUGACCUUAUCUAACUGAGGAAAUGAGGCUCUGAUCUUUUCUCUGCAUGCACUAAAUUAAGUUUUCAUCUCUUAUCUUCUGCAUAUCUAUUACAGUUUUACGUUAUAAAGUGCGUUUGGUUCCCUUGCUCAAUAAAUGGUGAUCAGCUGCCCAGAUAUUGCUCCAUUUUUUUCCCCUAAGCACUAUAAUGUCGAUUUCCCCGAAUCGAAGUGAACUGAGCCUCAAAAACUUUCAAAGCCUUGCACUCCAGCCUGCCUCGGACGUUUCAAAUGGUGUUUUAGCUUGUUGAAUUUUGUGGACUUGAUAUGAAGUGAAAAUAAUAUUGUAAUGAAUGUGAAGGUAAUAAAAGUCAUAUUUUUUUACAAACAGAAGGUGUCUUUAUUUAUCUGUCCUCUCGAUUCGCACGCUCACUCUGUGCAUUUUAUGCUUAUUUUUAAAUUUUAAAAAGAGCUCUGAUGCUUAUCAGAUAAUGAAACUCACCAGAUUCACACAGGUAAUCUGGCUGAAACGUAGAGUAACGCGGGUGGUGGUAUUCUUCAGCGGUUUGUGGGGUUUCUGUGGAAUUCUAGGUGAUGUUAUCGCAGCUUGAAGUCGGAUCUUGAGCAGUGGCUGUAUGGAGGAGAUUAAUGCUGCUCUUAU